UGGCUCGCGGCAGUCGGGGGCUGGAUUCGUGCUCUGUGAUCGGGGAGGGGGGGGACCGACUGCGUCUCGACCAUUCUCUGUCUCAUAGUUUAGUUUGACCCGUGUCCUUGUCUCCUCCGUGUGUAUGUGUGUGUGUCUCUCUCUCUUCUCGGCUAGCCGCUGGUCUUGUCGGCUGUGCGUGUGGUGUUGCGUGUUGUUCUUAAGUCUUCCACCCACCACCGUCUCUUGUCUCGGGGAGGAACUCCAUCACCGCCUGUCUCUGUACCCCCCCUCUGCCCCCGUGUCUCACCCGGCAUGGCGCGGCCCGACGAGGAGGUGAACCGCCUGACGGAGAACGCCUACAAGGCCAUCUCGGACCAGUUCAACCCAAGCCUGAGGAACCUCAUCACAACAGGGAAAAACUACGAAAAGUCUCUGUCCAGUGUCACGAACUCUGCCAAGAGUUACUUUGAAGCGCUGGUGAAGAUGGGGGAACUCGCAGGGUCCAGCCACGCGUCCAAGGGCAUGAGCGACACGAUCACGCAGAUGGCAUUGACUCACAAGCAUAUCCUGCAUUUGUUGGAGGAAACGCUCAAGUCAUUCCGGACAGACAUUCUCUCCGACAUGGAGCAGAAGCUCGAGUCUGACAUCAAGUUUCUGCCGUCGGCCCUGCGCAAGUACCAGGGGGAGCACAAGGCGAAGUGUGACGUCCUCGACAGGAACACGACGGAGCUGAAGAAGCUGCGCAGGAAGAGCCAGGGCUCCAAGAACCCGAGCAAGUACAACGAGAAGGAGGCGCAGGUGGCGGACCUGGUGGCGGCAAAGCAGCAGGAGGUCAACAGUCUCGUGGCGGACGGCUACCGCUCCGUGCUGCUGGAGGAGCGGCGCCGCUACUGCUACUUCAUCGAGCGCCAGUGCCUCAUGGCACAAGCGCUCAGCACCUACCACAGCAAGGCGUCCGAUCUGAUCUCGCAGAAGCUGCCGAUGUGGCUGGAGGUGGGCAGCGACGUGAUGCUGAUCCCCGACGCGGCGCUGGCGCCCGUCUCCGCGCUGGACGCCAGCGCCCUGCGCGCCGGCGGCCUCGGCGGUGGCGGUGGCGGCGGCGGCAACGACUACAUCUCCAACCCCGUGCCCACGCAGAACACCCUGCACAUCCCCCCCGAGCUCGCGGCGCUCAAGGGCAUCGGCCGAUCGCAGCAUGAGAUGAAGCUGGAGCCGCUGAAACUGGACGGGCCGGGCGGUCCGGCGCCAUUCGGCGGCGACGGUGGAUUCUACGGCACGGAGCAAAAACCCCGCUCGCCGCUCAGCAAACCGCCGCCCGACUUCUACGCCAACACUCUCCCGUCACGCAAGAACAUCACUGAGCGCCCCAGCGUGCUCACCACUGCAGACCCGUCGUCGGGUCCGUUCCCGCGCACGACGUCGAUGUCGACGGGGCUGAACCGCGUGACGGCGGCGCCGGGGCAGCGUCCGCGCGUGGUGGCGGCGUUUGCGCACGACUCCCGGGGCGACGCGUCGCUGCUCUCGUUCCAAGCGGGCGACGGCAUCGCGCUGCUGGUGCCCGCGGCGCGCGACGGCUGGCACUACGGCGUCAACGAGCGCACGGCGCAGAAGGGCUGGUUCCCCUACUCGUACACUCGCGCCAUGGAGAGCUCUACGGACGACGACAAGCAGAGCUCUCGCCUGGUGCGCAGCGUGAGCAUGGGGAAUCUGCUGGAGAAGGAGGGGGGUGGGGCGGGCAUCGUGCUGCCGCCCCCCGACUACGACUCGGUGUACUCGCACCCGGACGGGAGGGCCGCCCUCCCUCCGCCCCCCAUGCACAUCUCCCAGCCCCCGACUCCCGACUACGGGCAGAAUAACAACACAAUCCGGAGCAGCAAUGGCAUGGCUCUCAUCCUCAGCAGCCCCCUUGCCGAUGUCGAUUUACCCACAGCCAGGUUUUGAUAAGAGUUCCGCAGGCGUGUGAGGCGGAAACCCAUUUGCGAGCGUCAAGCUGAAACCCACGGUCACCAACGAUCGCUCGGGACCCAUGGUCAAGUGAGGCCGCGGAUGACCCUGGGGCCCACGGACCUCUUCCCCAAGACCAAGACCACCUCGCGGAGCUCCGCCAUGGUUCCUCGCACGCCCCCCCCCCCCAAAUCCCUCGUGGUUGGCUUCCUCUUCCUCGCCCGCUGGGCCCAGCUGGGCCCCACAGGGCCCCGCCGCCAUUGUUGUCUGUCUGUAACGCCGCUGCGCUUGUUAGAUGAAUAAUAACUUAUCAUGAUUUUUCGUUUAUUUUUUCCCGACGUUUAAAUUUACCGUCUCUCUGGGUGAGGGCCACAUGCAGCAGUUCCUGGUCUCCUCCCGACUCAUACCUCCACGCUGGCGGGAGUCGAACCCGGACUUGGCGAACGUGGAGGUCGGACGCGCACGCGUGCGCGCAUUUAAUUCCGUGUCGGGUUUUUGAUGUUUUACUUCGUUAAGCUUUUUCCAGUCAUCGUUUAUGGAAUGUGCGCGAGUUUUUCUGGUUUUUUUUUUGUAAUUACACUACACUUGAUUGCGUUGCUAUUUUCGUGGGGUGGGUGGCGGCACUGUCAACAUCAACGUUCGCGCGAUGUCGUCCGUGCGUGCGCGCGCAAUAACUGUGUCGGCCCGGGUUCGACUCCCAGUCAUGCGUGCGCAGGGAUACACCAAAUAUCUCGGCAUUAAAUACAGGGUGACCCAAAAAAAACGGGCCCCAACUCUAAUAGGCCCCGUGUGCACGGGGCCCGUUUUUUUUGGGUCACCCUGUAUACGUGACCGCGUCCGGCCGGCGAUGGCGCGGCCAUCACUCGGCUUCCAGUUUGAGAUGACGACGACGACGGCGCCGGUACCAAACCACCGCGACGUUGGCACAUCGCACGUGCACCCACGCUGGCACCAACAGGUCCUCUCUUGCUGAAACUCGCCCAGGGCUGCCCCCCCCCCCCCCGUGUCUUCUAGAAGGAGGAGGGGUGUGGCAUUAGCGUGUGGCAUCGGCUAUGGCUUGGGAUAGCGGUGGUGCGGUUAGACUCGGCGUUAGGGUUGGGGUUGGCGCCACUGGCGGAGCCGGGGGGGGUGGGGUGGCACGUGCCCCCCCCCCCCCCCCCCAAUGAUACGUUGGGGGUAAGGAUGAGGUUUGGGGGAAGGGUUAGGAUUUCCACUCUGGAUAGUACUAUUGGUUAUUGUUAGGGGGCAAUGGUCAAGCAUAGUACUGGAGUUAAGCUGCGGUAGCGAUGUUAACUACCUAGCCUGGUAUACAGGCCGUGUGGUCUACCCUGACGCCUGCUGUAUAUUUCGAGUUUGCAUGUGUCUCUUCGUGUGGUCGCGCGAAUUUUUCUCUCUGGGCCCUCCGGCUUUUCCCUCCAUUUAGAAUCGCCGCGCGCUUAGAGUAUAUGGCUACUGCUAUCAAUUUCCACAUGAUGACAAGCCACUUGGUUGUGCCAUCAUGUGUGACCAGGUCGCGUCUGAAUAAGAGCUCGGUAGGCAUUGCCUGGUAGGUAAAAAAACUUUUAAAAAAAAUCGUUUUAAGCCGAGUGCCGGAGUUUGGAGUAAUGGUUAGGGUAUAGGAUCUGGCUACGUUUUUUUGGGAUUUACGUUCAGGUUGGUGUUAUGCUUGUGGUCAGGGUGAGAGUUGCAGCUCCAUAGUUUGGGGUAAAAGCUACAGUUAUCUUUAGGAAACAGGACCGAUGUUCGGGUGCUAGGGUUCGAGAUGGACCAUCCGCUUCAUGAAUCGUCGCUACACUUGUCAUCGGUGAGUUGUGUCAAAACACCCCAAGUGCGUUUCGUUUGUGUUCGCAGACUCCGAUCAAUUUGCACAAAAAAUAAAAUAUGGAUGGGGGGGGGGGGUAAGGAAGGGGUUGUGGGGGCCAGGCAUCUGGCACGGCUGUCGCGCACGCUGAGCGACGCUUCAGAAUGGACCGACGCGUCGACGGAAUUGGAUGAUCCGAAAAACAAAACCAGGGACUGAAGUCACGUGCGUUUCGCCCGACCAAAUCGGAAACCACGGAACCAAGACACCCCGAACUGGGAUCGACACAUCCGAGGUUGCAUGCAGUCAUUCGACUUCGUCCAGCUUGCAUAGACAGACAGACACACACACAUAUACGCUUGCGUUCAUGCGCGCAAAUUUGCACAAUGGCGCACACGCGUGUGUACCCGUGCGCAAGCAGAUACGCACUCCGGCACGCGCGCACACCCAGGGGCACGUGUGCGUGCAAGCGCGCACGUACGCACCGACGGCAGCCGUGCACACUAAAGGUGACGAAUAUAUUUUUGCACUAAACAUAGCAGGUUCUUUCGCAGCAACUGACGGCGAGGAUGAUGAUGAUAACGACAACGAUGGUUACUGCUACUACUACUGUACAAUUAUUAUUCACUGGCGCUCUGUGUGGGGGGUCGCAAUGGCUGUGUCUCCCAAGUCCCUCUGAGGGCAUCUCGUGGUGUACAGUUACAUUCACAGGCUUCGCUUCGUGGUGAAUUCGUAUUUAUGUGUUGGUGUGCGUGCGUUCAACAUGUCUUUUUUUUGGUGCACGUAACGUGUAUGAGUUGGGUGUGGUGGUGGUGGUGUGGUUAGCGCGCUGCUCUGCAAACCUGGCGACCCAAGUUCCAUUCCCACUCGCGGCCAACAUCGGUGACGAUUAUCUGAAUCUGUCCCGGGCAUCCCCUAGGUCGACUCGGCAUUAAACGAGUGCUGCGUGUAAAAGCAUCAGCAUCGGUGAGACAAAGGCGGCCGAGCGUGGUGGUGGUGGCCUCACCCUCCCCGCUCGCGUGCUUACCGGCUUGUAUAGGGGCUCACGAACAGCACUUGCCACCAACCGUCUGUGCUGAAGGCGACACGGGGGGCGGGGGAUCUUUGUCUUUGUAUGACUGUGUCCAGUUGUCAAAAGUCAAGCGGGCGUGGUGCUAACCACCCACCACCCCAUCGUCACCAAAUUCUGGGCUCAACUUGGUGCUCCUCUCGAAGAGCACUUGCCCCAAAAGUCUGUUAAGGCUAUGUGGGGGGGGGGGAUCUUUGUCUGUAUGUGGCCGUGUGUGUGUGUGAACGCAUCUGUGUAUGUGCGUGUGUCGUUAGUGUUAUCGAUUGCGAGACCGAUCUCAAAAGCCCAUCUCCGUGUUGUCUCUCCACGCGACGCCCAUGACGAUGUUUGUCUUCUUAAAAAAAUUCGAACGCCGGAGGCAGAGCGUGUGCGACGAGGGAGUUUUUUACGGGCUCAAAGGUUUCCGUUUUGGGCAAAAGACGGGAAACCAAGACGCUCCAGCCGAGCGGCAGGAGAGGCCUCUCACUUGUCGCCAUCCCGGUCUCGUGGUGGGAGAUUCCACGUUCAUAUGGCGGGGUCACAGUCUCAUUCGCUUAAAAAAACCACCGCUUGUCACCCACCACCACCACCGUUGGUUUCUCAGCAAUUCGUGACAAUUCCACAUUUCCUGUGGUAGGUACCGACCGCCUUGACGUGACUUAUGAAACGGUCGCACGUCACUGACCGUCAUCACCGCAUGGUACUCAUCAUAUUCCUGUCCGCCGGUGUCACGAUUGGUGGUGGUGGCUAUGAUGUGACCCAAGUUGGCCGGGACUUGAACCUGGCGAUCAUUUCAGACCAUGAUUUUUGUUAUUGUUGCUACCGUUGCUGCUGCUUUUGAUUGAUUUUAAGGGUAUAUAAUUUUUGUUGUCUUGCUGGCUAAUUGCCCCCCCACCCCACAUAAACAACACACACUCUUAUGUUGUAUGAGCACAAAUUAUGACUUAAAUAUAUUUUUGUUGAUGCGUAAAUUCUCGCCAGUGCGGCGUCCGUGCCUUAAUAGUCGUCGUCGGGAGUUCAAACUCGCGCGAAAUCCGUUUCUCUUCUCGUAAAAACGCACGCGGAGCGUCUCACGGGGCAGCUUGAAUCGAUACCCGAGGGCGGUCGAAACGUUCUGAGCAAUAAUCUAAAACCACAAUGCCCCCCACCCCACCCCCGGGGACUCUUCAUCGCCGUGCAUCGUCACAAGGGGGUUGCGCAUCAAGCCGGAUUCCCCGGAUUGUUAAAGACGCACUGUUACCUUCCCCGACAUCUUAAAGCGGCGUUCUCCGUUGCAAGGCCCACGGGCCACUCGUGGCCUUUCGUGUGGCCCCUGACGUGCACCCCCCCCCCCCCUCGUCCCCAAUCUCCAUCAUCUUCGUGCUGUCAAACCACCGAUGGGUUUCAAAUGUGUGGCAGCUCUUGUCACAUCUGAUGAUGUCUUAUCGGCGAAAGUGGCUUCCUGCCCUCCCGCCCGCCGCCCCCCUCUGAAAAUGAGUGAAUACACCUCCUGUCGUCUUAAAGACGAGGCGAGGGGCGAGGGUGGGGGAAGGUGCGUCUUACAAACCCGGUCGGUGCGCUGUGUGUUGUGAGAGAGAGGAGAUACCGGACUUGUAUACAUGUGUUGACACCGGGAAUGCAGCGUCUUGGAGGGUGGGGGGGGGUCCUACAAUGUAAACGGAGCGUCCUUGCAACCCGCAGUCGCGGUGCCACUUGUCACGCACACCUGGUGGUGGUGGUGGGGGGCUUGGAGUGAAUUCCACAUUCCCGUGGCCAGUCCCAUCUGCGACGUUUACGAACUGUUGAUUCUCGGCCAGGGGGUGGGGGUCGGAGUGGGGGGUCGUCUCUGGAGCCGCAUGCCGGGACCGCUUCAUCACGUGAUGUGUGUGUGUGUGUAUUCGCACGCAUCGGCGGCUCGUGAAAACUUUGAGUUUUGUUACCGAAUUGGGAACGAAAAGAAAGGCUGCUCUUGUUGGUGUUUUGGUUGUCGACCCCUGGCUCUAGACAAAGCAAUUAUGACGACUGCGCUGACGAUGAUGAUGAUCUAUGAAAUGUAUUUUUCUAAGGCAACUCCUUCCCUGUUGGGUCUAACGGCAUGGGGGUUUGGACAAGAUUAGCCAAAAAUAUAUAUAUUUUGCGUUUAAGCCGCGACGCAGUAAACGUGAAACUUUGGGGUCAGAGUUGCAUGUUUCACCGGGAGGCCACGACCCAGUAAAACCUGGAACGUCGGGCCAAUGUUGGGGCAACGUUUUCAACCUUCUGUCAACGUUGGCCCAACGUUGCACGUUUUACCGUGUGGAGUGUUGUAAUGCAGCAAAAGAGGCUCGUUGUACAUAUUUUUUUAUUCACGGACAUCGAUGUCUGUGUCCAUGAAACAUCCCCCACCGCCUGCCUCCCCAACAAUGGAAUGUCCGUCUCGAGGGGGAGAGGCGUCACGACGCGCGUCUGCAACCGCGUUGGCCACGUGCGCUGGACCAACGUUGGUUCGGCUCCUCCACGAUCGAUCACGUGGGUUUCUUUUUUUUGCCGUCCGCCUGUCACCUCGCCGACACCGUGAUGGUGUGAGCACUGAGAUUUGGGGGGCGGAUGGUGGUGGUGGUGUAGCGGUUAGCGCGCUGCGCUACGAACCCGGCGACCCCGGGUUCGAUUCCCACUCACGGCCAACACCCAGCCACGAUUGUCUGCACCGGUCCUGGGCCUCCCCUAGGUCGACUCAGCCGCAAAUGAGUACCCGGUUCAAUGUGUAAAACGUCGCCACUGGGGUGACAAAGGCGGCCGGGCGUGGUGCUGGCCACCCACCCCCCCUCGUGUGCCGUGCCGGCCUUCAUAUGUUCUGCUCGCAAACAGCACUUGGCCCAACAGUCUGUUAAGGCUACACGGGGGAUCUUUUUCUUUGGGUUUUUUUUUUGGUGGUGUUGUUGUUGAUGAUGAUGGGGUGGCGUACGCCGACCCAGUCUUCCAAUAAAACCCGACUUCUCACGAGA